GCCCCCGGAAAAUGAAAAUGACAUUAACCAAGAUGGCGCCGGGCGACAGAGAAAAGUGAUGAGAGAAUAGAACAACAAGCGAUACAACUAUAUAACAGUGUGCAUCUAUUUACCUUGUGCGACUAUUUCAGACUAAACGUCUACCUUACCAUCGGGAAACUGCCAACCACUUGCUGAGAGACCGCAUCCGGAGAUAUAAUUAUUCAGCUAACUGUUUGCUAACUAGCUGCUAAAGUAGCUAGCCCAGCUAACCUUAGCUAACUGCGGAAGGCGAGUGUGGAGAGGGCAGGCAGCUCGAAGUACAAGCCGACAAGUCGAGCUAGUUUCUUUUAAAACCAAGCGACAUCUCCGUUUGGUACAUUAACCAGCUUGCAAUACGGAUCAGGUCAUCCAAGCAAACGGUCUGUGAGGAAACUAACGUAGGACCUCUGAUAAGGCAAGCAGAAAAGACGAGGAAAGGCGUCAUCUUUGCCGAUUUGACGCCAUGGCUCACUCUCCUAUUCAGAGUGGACUGCCGGGGAUUCAGAAUUUCAGAGCUGACCCAGAGGAGCUUUUUACCAAGCUGGAGAGAAUAGGAAAAGGCUCUUUUGGUGAAGUUUUUAAAGGCAUCGACAAUCGGACUCAGAAAGUUGUGGCAAUUAAAAUUAUUGAUCUGGAGGAAGCAGAGGAUGAAAUAGAGGACAUUCAACAAGAAAUCACAGUUCUCAGCCAGUGUGACAGUCCAUUUAUCACCAAAUAUUUUGGAUCCUAUCUUAAGGGUACAAAGUUAUGGAUUAUUAUGGAAUAUUUGGGUGGAGGAUCAGCCCUUGAUUUGUUGGAACCAGGUGCGCUGGAUGAAACACAGAUUGCCACAAUCCUGAGAGAGAUCCUCAAAGGACUUGAGUAUCUGCACUCUGAAAAGAAAAUCCACAGAGAUAUCAAAGCUGCCAACGUGUUGCUGUCAGAACAAGGAGAUGUAAAGCUGGCAGACUUUGGAGUGGCCGGCCAGUUGACAGACACACAGAUAAAAAGGAACACAUUUGUUGGAACACCUUUCUGGAUGGCACCUGAAGUCAUAAAGCAAUCUGCCUAUGAUUCAAAGGCAGACAUCUGGUCAUUAGGAAUAACAGCAAUAGAGCUGGCUAAAGGAGAGCCCCCACAUUCUGAGCUUCAUCCUAUGAAGGUUUUAUUCCUCAUCCCAAAGAACAACCCCCCAACACUGGAAGGAAACUACAGUAAACCACUUAAAGAAUUUGUUGAAGCCUGUUUAAAUAAGGAGCCCAGUUUUAGGCCAACUGCCAAAGAACUGUUAAAACAUAAGUACAUUGUAAGGCAUGCCAAAAAGACAUCCUAUCUGACAGAGCUGAUCGACAGAUAUAAGAGGUGGAAAUCGGAGCAAUCUCGGGAUGAGUCCAAUUCUGAUGACUCUGAUGAGGAGCCAGAUGACCAAGCGUCUGGAGGCAAUGACGCCGGUAAUGAUCCCUGGAUUUUCAACACCAUCAGGGAGAAGGACCUGAAAAAGGUUCAGAAUGGGGCAGCACAGCCUGCUGAGCUUGAAAGGAAACAGGUGCAGGAGAGUCCAAAGAGGCCUUUGUCACAAAGCUUAUCAUCAAUCUUUUCUCCAUUGUUUUCUGAGCUGAAAGAAAAGGGAGAGACAAGUAAUGGCAAGCCAGAGGUUGCAGAGGAGCUACGGGAGGCCAUUUUCCUGGCAGAAGAAACACACCCAGGCAUCUGUGAUUCCCUGGUGGCUGAACUAGUGCAGAGACUUCAGAGGUUUUCUGUGCCACAUACAGCUGCCACUCAGUGAGAGGAGCUACACCCACUUCUGCUCUAAUUUUCCACCCUGGUGGCAGCAGUCAGAUCUUUUCCUCUGACCUCCACAGCCAGGAUGAAGUCUCCCAGGAAGGUCUCCAUCACUCAUUUGCUUGAGGCAAAUCCUGGCCUACUUAAUGUCUUUUUCUACGCUAAUACACCACCAGAGGCUCCUAUUCAGGGCAGUCAGUGGCCAGCCAGUCAGCUGCCUCCAUGACUGCCACCUGCUGUAAGAUGUCCCUUCUCAAUACCUCCCUCACAAUGGUUUUAUUUUAAGGGUGGUGUUAGCUAUCUUUUCUGCAAGGACUCUUGAGUUUUUGGUUUUGGCGAGUUUGUGGCUUUUUCACAAAGGUUUACGCUCAGCAUCCUUUUGGAGAAAGUUCCUUGCUUAAUUAAUUGUGUGCAUGUGUGUGUGGCUGUGCGAGAUAUCCUGUGAAACGUGCGGUGAAGAGUGACGAGUGGGUUGAAGCAUCUAUUGAAAACUCAGGUAUCCUGCUUUAAGUGGAUUGGGUCCUCUGGGAGAUGGAGAGAGCUCUAUAGGGUGGUUGUACAGACUUGUAAAUAAGCUAAUUUCUACAGAUUCAUGAAAAAAUAAUGGAGCGUUUGUAAUGGAACCACUGUGUACAAAUGGCCAAAUGCAAACUGUAGAUAAUGGUUGUGAGGUAAAUAUUUUGAGAGACUAAAAUGGCCAUAAAUGAGAUUGCCUUGCCUUUGUACUUGUUAUUUUUGUGUAUUGAUCUUUGAUUUCACUAGUUGUAAAACUCUUUAAGUACUCAUCCAGUGAAUGAAAAUGGCUGCCCUCUAUCAUGUUUUACUAUUGAUUUAUUAUAUAUUUUCUUAAUUCUCUUUCAACUUUUUGGUUUCACACUCUAUGCUAUGGCUGUAAUAAUGUUGGAGAAUGUAAAAAAAAAAAAAAAAGGAGAAAAAAAAAGGAAAAAAAAAGAAAAGUGGCUGGAUCAUUCAAGCCCCGACCAGUUUUAAACACUGGAUGCUCUGUUUGCAGCCCUGAUUCCACAAGGCCUCGAGUUGUGUCGGAUUGUUGGACUUUGCCUCAUUCCCUUUUUUCCGUGCGUGUUUGAAUGAUCAGACAAACUGAGGUUUCGUCCAUUCAUUCCAUUAACAGAGCAGUGCCAUUAUCUAGUUUAUAAAUCGGCGGACUCUGUUAGUCUUCCUAGGAGCUGCAGUGGUACUAUAUAUCUCCUCAGCGUAUCGACAGCUUUAAUUGCACUUCGAGUAUAAAUGCCUUUUACUAUAAACAAAGUAGCCAUAAAACAGUAGCACGAGACUUACAGUAUUUUGCAGGUAUGCACUAUACUAUCAAGGAUGAAAAAGUCCAUUUGAAGUCUCAUAGCUUGGACUCUGGAGUUGGUCAUGCAGUGUAAGAUUUCCCUGGCUGUAUCUUUCCAUUUGGACUUGUGAGAUGUUUUUCAGUUGUACAAUAAAUGCAUAUAGACAUAGACUUCUCACACAGUAGAUGUACAUAUUAACAUAAAGCCAGGAGGUGUUUAGAGACCAGAGGCACUGCUACUACUUCUGACUGUAGUUUAAAAGGAAUGUGCAUGAAAAGUAUAAACAGUAUAAAGCCUAUUGGUUGGCCUGAGCAGUAUGCGUUGUAGCAUACUUAUACAGGAAUGGAGGAAUGUUGAUUCCUGAACAGUUGAAGCAGCCUUAGAGUAUUUGUGAUGAAUGGGAUGAAUAGUUUCAGCUUUAAAAUGUUAGCUUAAAAUGUUUUUGUUAUGAUUUCCUCUUUUUUUUUUUUCCCCUCUCUGGCAUUAAAAUGCAUAUGCAGCAAUACUUCUAAAGACAAAUGAGAAAAGAUCAAAAACAUUUCAAAAACUCAUUUUACUUCUCAGAAGAGAGAUAAAGCUUAUGGGGUCAGAUGAUAUAUUCUUUUUUGCCACAGGGCAAUACAUGGCACAGGGCAAGUUAAAGGAGCAGUUUGACAUUUUGGGACAUACAUUUAUUCACUGUCUUGCUGAAGAGUUAGAUGAAAAGAUUAAUACCAAGUGGGAGAUAUCGUAGCUGUCAGAAAUUCACGAUUACAAGUUGACGGCUAAGAUGAACAUUUUUUCCAGCUGAGCUGCUCGUAACUAAUGUUUAAAUGACAUGACAUGAACGCAGUAUUAGGCUUCAGUCUGCAUUAGGUUUGUGGUUUCUUGGCCGGGACCAGUAACCUCUCAUAGUUUCUGCCGGUUUCUGCCAACUACUCAAAGACUAGAAAUAGGUGCUGGUAGGUGCAGUUUGUUGCUGUUGGACAGAGCCAGGCUAGCUGUUUCCACCUGUUUCUGGUCUUUGUGCUAAGCUAACUGGCUGCUGGCUGUAGAUUCGAUCUUCUCAUCUGCCUCCCAGCAAAAAAAGUUUUUCCUAAAAUAUCAAAUUAUUUUUUUUAACUGUUUAAUUUUUAUCAUUUAACAGAACAUUUCUUUCCAGUUUGUCUCCAUGUACAUUUGAAGUUUUCUUUCCUGCUCGCUAAUUAUGGUGAAAUACACAGCAGGAUGAGUAAAAGUCAAAUGAGUAGAAACCUAAUCAAGAAAAGGUACCAGACUCAAUCAUUUCCAUACUCAUCCUAUAUUUUCCUUUGUGUUUUUAUGCUUUGCUGUGAAAAAUAAUUCUUCUUCUCUUGCUCUUCUUUCAAAUCUCUCUUGUGAAAUGUGCCAUGUAAGCCCCCCUCCCUAAACAGAGACACAAAUUCAAUACAAUUUGCACCUUGUACAUGGUCAAAUAUGACCCUAUCUUUUUAUGUGUUGCACUUUGUAGAAUUCUUUUGCUUUUUAAAAAAUGGUACUUAACAAGGCCACAGUAUUAUUGUUGCAGUUAUACCAGUUUUACCCCCCUACCGCCCCCCCUUGUGUGUUUUAUGGCAAUAAAGCAGUGUGAUCGCCAGGAGUCAUUUCUUAGCACAAGUAGGCAUAUAUUCUAUUAAACUAUUUUUAUAACCCAGAAGAUGUAAUAGAGGGAGUACAGUUUGGUUCUGUGAUGUGUUUAAGUUUCAGUAAACACUGGAUGGCAAUCACUUAAAAUGUACAUUUCAUUUUGUGUGACUUUGCUGACAGUUCAUAGUCCAGUAUACAUGUAUGCUAAUUCAGGCCAGUGCUGUUGGAUUUAUUGGAAGAUGUCAAAUGAUUAAGGAAAGAAUAAAAAAUCCAGUACAAAUUCGA